CGUCGUUGAGGUAACAACAUGUUUGUUUUAUUCGAAACACCUGGAGGUUAUGCUCUCUUCAAGUUGACGGACGAGAAAAAAAUAUUAUCGUCUUCACUAGAAGAUUUGAUAGCUCUAGAAAAUAAGAAUGCGUCGACUGAAUACUUUCAACUUAAAGCGUUUGAUAAGUUCAAAGACACGGAUGAAGCUCUCACCAGUGCAGCUUCUCUAGUACAAGGCAAACUUUGUAAGCCACUGAAGAAGUUUCUGAAGAAAAAUAUUCCAAAAGGAGAAUCUUUAGCAAUUGCAGAGACCAAACUAGCUGGUGCUAUACAGGAAAAAUUGGGAUUGCACUGCGUCGUGGACUCCCAAGUACAACAGUUAUUUCGUCUGAUAAGAAACGAUGCACAUGUACUUUUAGACGAGUAUGUGGAUAAUCAAAAGUCGAUGAUUUUGGGGUUGGCACACUCGUUAUCACGAUACAAGCUCAAGUUCUCGACGGAAAAGGUGGACACCAUGAUCAUCCAGUCCAUCGGGUUACUCGACGAUUUGGAUAAGGAAAUUAACACCUAUUCUAUGCGACUUAGAGAAUGGUAUGGUUGGCAUUUUCCAGAGCUCGCCAAAAUUGUCAAUGAUAAUACUAUUUAUGCACGCAUCGUUCACCGGGUGGGUAUCCGUACGAAUGCCAAGAACACCCAAUUAGAUGAUAUAAUAGGUGGCCAGGAGGAGAAAGAAGUGAAAGAAGCAGCAGAAGUUUCCAUGGGAACUGAACUGAGUGAUGAAGAUGUGUCGAAUAUUCGUGAGUUGUGCGACCAAGUGAUCACGUUGUCCGAAUAUCGUUCGACGUUGUAUGAAUAUUUAAAGAAUAGGAUGGCAGCCAUUGCACCCAACUUGACUGCGAUGGUUGGAGAGUUGGUGGGUGCGAGACUCAUUUCACACGCUGGAAGUCUCAUGAACUUGGCUAAAUAUCCAGCUAGUACAGUACAGAUUUUGGGAGCAGAGAAAGCUCUCUUUCGCGCUUUGAAAACAAAAAGUGCUACUCCAAAAUAUGGUCUCAUUUUCCACGCUUCUUUGGUUGGUCAAGCCGCACCUAAAUACAAAGGAAAGAUAUCGAGAGCAUUGGCUAGUAAGACAGCAUUGUCGAUACGAGCAGAUGCCUUGAAUGAAGGCGAAUUGGACAAUUCGUUAGGAUUAGAAAAUCGAGCCAAGAUAGAAGCACGCUUGAGACAGUUAGAAUCGAGACAAACUUUUUCUCUUUCUGGAAGAGGUAGAACUAGUGGAGGAGACUUUAAAGCUUAUCAGUCACCUCGUACUCCUGCAAGUGGCUAUCAAACAGUGACAGAUACUGUUAUCAUGACCGAUAGUCGACCAACAGGUCAAGUUGUUGAGGAGACGCCUUCAAACGAAGGAAAUGAAAAUGGUAUCACCACGAAGAAAACUGUUCAAGUAGAUAAGGAGGAAAAUGAAAAGGAGUCUUCAUCGAGUCAUAAAAAGAAAGAAAAGAAGAAACGGAAGAGAGAAUCUGCCGGUGAAGAAAAACAUGACAAGGAUAAGAAAAAGAAACAUAAAGAACAUAAAAAAGAAUAAAAGUUGUUACGACUUGGAAAAAUC